CCAAACUACAUCGACCCGUUUUUUCCACGAAACACUUCCACACAAUCACCCGCAAUGUACGCCAAACGCGGCCGCGGCGGCUUCCGCAGCGCCAACACCGCCAAAAAGCCCUUCAACAAGAAGCGCGCCUCCCCUUCCGACGACGAAUCUGCGCCGGCACCCAAGAAAGCGAAGAACGACGCCGAAGACGAGCCGCUCGUACCAGUGCUAGACACGGACGGUGACAAGAAUCCCUUUGUUGCUCUUAAAGCGAACGGCACGCGACGCGUCACAGUCAGCGAUUUCAAGGGACAGACGCUCGUUAGUAUUCGGGAGUACUACGAAGAUAAGUCGGAUGGGCAAAUGAAGCCGGGGAAGAAGGGCAUUUCGUUACCGAUCGACCAAUACAACGCACUGCUCGCCGCCGCGCCGCUCCUUGAGGCAGUUCUUGCUGAGAGAGAAGAGAAGAUUGCGAGACCGAAAUAUGAUGGGGAGGUUGCGAAGCUUGCUGAGGACAAUAAGGAGGAGGACGAGGCCGGCGCUAAGGCCGGGGACGGAGAAGAGAAAGAGGAAGAGGAAGAAGAGGAGUAGGUCCCGAAGACUUGCAAGUCUUUCAUCAGAAGAUACCAAUGGGUUGGCGUUUAGGGCGUCAGGGCUGGGUUAGAUUUUGGCGUUCGGCUCGGGCAUACUUCGCAAAGCAUAAUGCGGUUACAUUCCAGCUCAUUACGGUUGUCACGACUUGGAAUUGCGUUAUCGUACUGCAC